GCCUGGCGGGGCGGCGGCGCUCCCUCAGGGAUUCCCGGCCCUUGCUCCGCCAGGCCGUGCUCAGGCGCCGGUCGGCAGCUCCCGCCGAGGAAUCCCCCCGCCGGUGGCUGGUGGAGGACAGAGGGGCUGAGGGAGCGGGCCGGCACGGCGGGUGUGGCGGGAGCGAGGCGAAGAGGGUUGAGGGCCGCCGGGUGAGCGCCCCCCUCAGGGUCGUGAGGGACACCGACGUAGCAGACCAGGCAGAUAGGCUGUAACCAAAAGGCACUGAUAAACAGCCUCACAUCUCAUGUUAUGUGGAAGUGCCAUCUACUUCACCGUCACAACUUCCAGACCAUAACUCAUUUUAGAGUGUGUGAGGUUGGCCUUUUUAUCUCUGCCUGUGAACGUGAAUUGCUCUGAAAGGGCUUAAGAUUGUGUGAAAAAGAUGUUUCCUUUAAAAGACACUGAGAUGGGGGCCUCCACUUUCUUCGCUUCAGCUCUGCCGCAUGAUGUUUGUGGAAGUAAUGGCCUUCCACUUACACCUAAUUCCAUCAAAAUUUUGGGAAGAUUUCAAAUCCUUAAAACAAUGACCCAUCCCAGGCUUUGCCAGUACGUUGACAUUACCAGAGGUAAACAUGAGAGACUGGUUGUGGCAGCUGAACACUGUGAAAAGAGUCUGGAAGAUUUGCUACGAGAAAGAAAGCCAGUCAGUUCUUCAAGGAUCUUAUGCAUAGCAUAUGAGGUUUUGCAAGGUUUGCAAUAUAUGAACAAACAUGGAAUGGUCCACCGAGCACUCUCCCCUUGCAAUAUUCUUUUGGAUCGAAAGGGACAUGUGAAGUUGGCUAAAUUUGGACUCUACCAUAUGACUGCUCAAGGUGUUGAUGUUGAUUUCCCUAUAGGGUACCCAUCAUAUCUGGCACCUGAAGUCAUUGCACAGGGAAUAGUCAAACCAAGUGAUUAUACUCAGUGUGAGAAGCCUCUGCCUUCUGGCCCUAAAUCAGACCUGUGGUCUCUUGGUAUAAUAUUGUUUGAGCUUUGCAUGGGGAGAAAAUUGUUCCAGAGUUUGGAGAUAGCAGAAAGAUUGAAAUUUAUAAUUAUGUUAGGCUGCGUAGAUGACAUUGUGACUGUAUUGGCUGAAGAACACGGUUGCCUUGAUAUUAUUAAGGACCUUUCUGAAACUAUCUUAGCUCUACUGAAGAAAUGCCUUACAUUCCAGCCUUCUAAAAGGCCAACUCCAGAGGAAUUGCUACAUGACAGUUUGUUCAGUGAAGUAUCCUUACUAUAUCCUCCCUUCCACAAACCUGUUGGUCUGUUCUCAUCUUCUCCAAGGUGUGCUGAUUUAACGCUUCCUGAAGACAUAAGUCAAUUAUGUAAAGAUGAAGAUGGCGAUUACCUGGCAGAAAGAUCAAUUGAAGAGGUUUAUUAUCUCUGGUGUUUGGCUGGAGGAGACUUGGAGAAAGAACUUGUCAACAAGGAGAUCAUUCGAUCAAAGCCACCUGUCUGCACGCUUCCCAACUUUUUAUUAGAAGAUGGUGAGAGCUUUGGGCAAGGACGAGAUAGAAGUUCCCUCCUAGAUGACACAACUGUGACUUUGUCUCUGUGCCAGCUCCGAAACAGACUGAAGGAUGUUGGUGGGGAAGCAUUUUAUCCAUUGCUUGAAGAUGACCAGUCAACUUUACCUCAUUCAAACAGUAGUAAUGAGCUGUCUGCAGCUGCCAGUCUUCCUCUGAUCAUCCGGGAGAGAGACACAGAAUACCAGCUAAAUAGGAUUGUCCUGUUUGACAGGCUAUUGAAGGCCUACCCAUAUAAGAAAAACCAAAUUUGGAAAGAAGCCAGAGUUGACAUCCCUCCUCUUCUUAGAGGCAUAACCUGGGCUGCCCUGUUGGGUGUUGAGGGUGCCAUACAAGCAAAAUAUGAUGCCAUUGAUAAAGACACGCCAAUUCCUACAGACAGACAAAUUGAAGUUGAUAUUCCUCGUUGCCAUCAGUAUGAUGAAUUGCUGUCAUCACCAGAGGGGCACGCAAAGUUUAGACGUGUAUUGAAGGCCUGGGUGGUUUCCCAUCCAGAUUUGGUGUACUGGCAAGGUCUCGACUCUCUUUGUGCACCGUUUCUGUAUUUGAAUUUUAACAAUGAAGCUCUGGCAUAUGCCUGCAUGUCUGCUUUUAUCCCCAAGUACUUGUAUAACUUCUUUCUGAAGGAUAAUUCUCAUGUUAUUCAAGAAUACCUGACAGUGUUUUCCCAGAUGAUUGCAUUCCAUGAUCCAGAGCUGAGUAACCACCUUAAUGAAAUCGGGUUUAUUCCAGAUCUUUAUGCUAUUCCUUGGUUUCUUACAAUGUUUACACAUGUCUUUCCUUUGCACAAAAUUUUUCAUUUGUGGGACACGUUACUGCUUGGAAAUUCCUCCUUCCCCUUCUGUAUUGGAGUUGCAAUACUUCAGCAACUGAGGGAUCGUCUUCUGGCUAAUGGAUUCAAUGAAUGCAUUCUCCUUUUUUCAGACUUGCCAGAGAUCGACAUCGAGCGCUGUGUUCGAGAGUCCAUCAACCUAUUUCGCUGGACCCCGAAGAGCGCUACGUACAGGCAGUACGCGCAGCCGCCGCGCCCAGCCAGCGACAGCAACGGCACAAGGAGUUCCAUGUCCUGCUUUUCAGCAGACUAUCAGGAAGCUCCUCGAAGUGACCUAUCUAGGGAUUCCAUCAAGUUGGAUGACCUGAAGGCAGAGGUGUCACCACGAAUUUCAGCAGAAGAUCUGAUUGAUUUGUGUGAGUUGACAGGACCUAGUCAUUCCAAAACACCUGUAAAGAAAACAAAACCUAGCAAGCCAAAGCUGCUGGUGGUGGACAUCCGUAACAGCGAAGACUUUAACCGUGGCCACCUUUCUGGCAGCAUCAAUGUCCCCUUUGCAUCAGCAUUUACUGCAGAAGGGGAUCUUGUCCAGUGCCCAGCAACUGCCACCCUCCAGAGCUUUAAAGGAAGAGUCGUGGUGAUUGUAGGAAAUGCAGUGAAGAACACAGCUGCUGGUUGA